AUGUUCCCUCCUAAUCUCAAGGUGAUGCAUCGUAUAGAGCAUAACCCAGGUGAAAUCUGUCCCAGUUCUCGUGCAGCAUUCAUCCCCGAAGACAACUCAGGUGUCUUGCCAAACUACUCCCUAGAAAAGCUACCACUAUGGUCUCUAAAUCAAAGUUGGUAUGAAAUCCUUCCUUUCAACGUUUACCACAAAGUCUGCCAAAAAACAGCUAGUUGUGUUCUAUGUUUGGGCAUUGAACAAUGCGGACACAUUUUAAACAAUUUCGCACAAAAUUCGGUUGCAGAAUGUCUGUUUGUCCCUCUGGAUGGUGCUCUCUACCACGAGUUUGAUCUGGGCACGAUUGGAUUUUCAAUCUGUUGGCGUGUUAGUCAUAAAUCGUCCAGUUUUGGCCUUCAUGUCGUUCAUCCUAAAUCAAUGCCGUUACGGUUUCCGCGCAAGGUCAACUGUCCCUCAUCAGACACAUCUUUGACAUUGACCUUGCCUGCGGUAGCCUCGUCAAUCAAACGGAAUCAGCGUUGUUCAUUGGCCAUUUUGAAAAGCAACGCGCAGGAAAACAUGGAAUUGAUUCGGUUGUUCGUGCAGAAUUCAGCGUCGGAACAGCAAGCUGGUACAACUGAACGAAUCGAAGCGAAUGACCUUUCUGCGUCCUUUCCCAUUCGAGAGCCCAGUGCAAAUAAUCCAAACGAUGUCCGCGUUACUUUCACGAGUAGCUUGGUUUCGGCGGACAGUGAAUCAGUAGCUGCCGCAUCUCAAAAAAUGCCCAACAGCCGAGUAUCUAUUUUGACCACAGAAAAAGGGCGUUCUGAUAGACAAAGUUUGGUCUCAAUGUGUGGGAUAGAUGUGCCUUCUGAGGAACUUGAAAAUUUGAUUGAUGUGCCCUUGGAAUUUGCCAUGGCGGAAUUGUUUUUGCGGCGGGCAGUAAGAUCAGCUUCUUUGGAGAACAAAGGAGACCCCGUGGUAGCCAGAAUGGAGUCUAGAAAAAGUGAGACGGUACCAGAAGCAUGUGAGGAAAAACGAUCAUCUGUUGUACCAAGAACCACAGAUAAACUGCGACCCGAGCAGCGCGUUAGUCUAGGUAAGUCCACUGGAAUGGAAACAGAUGGUGUGCUGUUCAAACAGAAGACUCCCCGAGCGUCGUUGUGUAAAGUGCACUUUCCACAACGUCCGUUGUUUAUUCGUGAGCAAGAAACAACCGAAGAACCGAGCAUUCACCUCCAUGAUAUCGGAUCCAAGAUCACAAUGUCUUGGGCAACUGUUGACUCGACUGAAAUCACAAACGGGCUAAAGAUGACCAACCUGCCGCGGCAAUCGAGUAACAGCGAAAUAUUUGAUCAAAUCUUUGAAGGCACAGAUAAUUUUACUCUCCCAGAAAAGGUUGACAAAGCUUUGCAAGUGUCUUUUUCACUUUUGAAAUCCAGUGAGGAUGAACCCAGGAGAGAUGACCGUAGGCAGUCACAUUUAGGAGCGGUAACGUCAUGCUCUUGUGGUUGUUAUGGCUCGACACACGGAAGGGGUUUUAGGCGAAGCAGUCCCAACACUGUACGGACUAACUCUUCUCGCUCAGUUUCAACAGCUGGGCUUUUGCGCAAAUUGAGACAACAGGCUUUCGAACGAACUAGGGCGAAGAGUGAACGUCUCGCCUUCAGAUCAACCAACCCUUUAUUUGCAAUUCCCCCGAAGCAUUUGUUCAGACGA